CUAAAAGAAACAUCCUUGUAGUGACAUGAACUGGACUGUAUUUGCAUUGUUUUGCUUGUUCGUUUUAUUUUGCAAGACACGGUACACUGAACAGGUUGCGCGCUGUUAGUUGCUUUGUGUUCCAUGGCGGGAGGAAAAGAAAACUACUCGAUUCAGACGAUUUCAACAAGAGAAUUUCAGUUAGUUGUGAGCAGAGUUUUUAUUUGACGACUAGAUAUAGCAGCGGUUACAGCAGUUCUGCCAGAUUCGAAGCGUUAAAAGUAUUCCUUUCACCAAAUCAUGUUUCACAGAGGCUCUAUGUUUCUGUGCCUCUGCAUCGUAAUGAUGCAGUUGCUGGAAAGCAUCAUCUCUCAGUCUCCGAUGGAUCCUGAGGUUCGUGCACACCUGGAAGCUAAGGUAAUGUCUUCAAUGUCGUUGAAAGAACUCGAAGAGAUGGUGGAAAAAGACGAGAGAGUGAGAAAUGCUCCUAAAUCAAGGAUAGUCAUUGUUCCUAAAUCAAAAGUUAGCUCCUAUUUACCAGAUGGGAACCAAGAAGCGUACGUCAUUCACCGCAAACCCCAGAAACAUUCAAAGAAAGCUACAGCCAAUAAACCAGAGGAGAGAUUUGCUGAUUCCGAAAUUGAGGGAGGAUUGAGACGUUCGUCCUUUGAACCAGAUUUCCGAUUUGAAAGCGCCUUCAAGUACGAUGAAGAAUUCCCAUCCCUGUUUAGAAUUUCAGAUCUUGAAUCUGCUGGCUCUAAUCCAGUGAAAAGUUUCUACGAGUCGAUAGUCGAGAAGGUUCUGAGCAAAGAGAAAUUUGGUUUCGAAAAAGAUCCACUUGCAGUACUUGAUAUUGCCGCAAGCGAAAAUGUGCAAUCCUACCAACCUCGUUUCGACUAUGAGUCAUAUUCCAGAGAUCCUACCGAAACUAAGCUGAAAGGCAAAACAUACUGGAAGGAAGCACCUGAACGCAGAGAAGAAAAGGUCGAUGAAAAUGGUUGUAGAACCGUUGUCAAAAAAAUGGAUCCUGAAGAUGAAAAGAAAUCCUCCAAUACCAAUGCCAAGAGUGUGAUAAUCACAAAAGAAUGUGAAUAUCCAAGUAUUGAUGGGCCUGAUGCCAAAAUUCCAGAAAUACAACCCGCUUUCCGAGCUGUUAACUCACGACUGGAAGCAGAGCCUUCUUUGAGUUACGAUAGUGAGCCUGCAACUUACCAAAACUCUCGUCCAGUUGAACUUGACAUGAGAAAACCAGAAGCCAGAGAUCCAUUAGCUCCUGACUACAUUGACAGAAUGUUGGAGACACACUUCAGAAGUUUCCCCGGAUUCACCAAUCCCAUCACAUCUUUCAAAGGUUAUCAGGAAAGAUUCAAUCUUCGCACACCAACUGCGUUUAAAGACAUUAAGCCAACUGUUAAUGUGCAUUCCUACGAAUACACACAUCCACAAUCUGGACUUGAAGAAAGCAAUGCUCGGGCACCUAUUUCUAGCGGAACCGCCCAAAAGGAUGAUGCCCCGAGAACAUACGAGCAUCAUUACCACUACGAUUAUCCAGAAGAAAGCCCAAGAAAAGCCCAUUCUGAUGAUUAUGAUGAUAAGAAAGUUACAAAAAGCCAGGAUAAGGCCACAAGCUUAAAAGAGCCCAAAAUGGUCAAGAAGAGUUUCGCUUAUUAUCGAAAGGAUAACCCCAAAGAAGAUCCUAAUGAACAGCAGUACGCUGAAGAAUAUGCUCAGGGUAACUAUCGAAGCUUUUCUUCAGAUUACGACAGUGAGAGGGAUGGCCCGAAAAAGCAAUAAUUAAAAGAUUUUUAUUGUGUAUGAUACUCUCAUAAUAUCUGUGAUUCUUUGAAGUAAAUCUAUAAUGACUUAGUGUCGAGCACUUGUUCACACAUUUCAGUUUUGUAGUAGUAGGGUAUAUUGAUUAUAGAAAAUUCUAGUUAAAACAAGCUUCCUUACACCAUAUGAAAUUCAACGUUAUAAAGAGUACUCCAAAGAGUUUAAAAUAUGUUUUUUCUACCUUUUAAAAUGCAUUGAAAUUAUUUUCCUAAAUAUUCUAUAGUAAUCACAAUAGAACGAUGUUUUAAAGUUUAGGUAUUUUAAACUCUCUAAACCACACGUAAUAAUUGUAGAGAUUACCUGGGUCAAAAGAAGUAAGAAGUAUUAUGAAAAAUAAUUGUUGUUAUUCAUUUAAAAAAAUCGUCUGAAAUAACUAAAUUAAGGAAAUAAAUUAUUAACGUGAUUUUAUAUCAUACAAAAUUGUAGUGAUACAAAUAUUUGUAGGAAAAUCAUUUAGUUUAUCGACUCAUUUUUAGUAAAACUUAAAUUAUAUUUUUCUUGAAGUGUUUCUUUACUUGAAAUUACAUUUUGAGCUUGUUCAUUCUUCAGUAUUAGUAUAUGUAGUUUAAUUAAGCUUGACUGACACAUAAAUUUUAAUUCUUUCAACAAAAUAUGUGUAACGUUCUAUUAUAAUACUUAAAAAAUACUCUACAAUUAAGAAACAAAAAUAUGUUUUAUUCAUGUUUUCUACAACGAUAAUUUGACAGCAAAUGACUCAUUUUACGUACUGUAUAUAUUCGCAUGCAGAUGUUCCCACAAGGAGGCUUUAUUUUUACCGUAAUUUUAUACUAAAGGACUUAAUAGUCCUUUACUAUAAUUUUAUAGUCGAAUACUAAAAGCAUUCCGAAGUAACUAUGUGACCACAAAGGCACUCGCCACUGUGUAUUAUAAUCAAACUACAAUCUAUCUACCACUGGAAUACCUUUGGCAAAAUAUCUAAAAUUUCGAGUAAAAUUAAUUUUUGCAUGUUGAUAUAGUAAUGUUUUCUGUUUGAUUUAUAAAAUACAGUUCAUUUUCCAUUUUGGAAGUAAGAUCAAGUUUAAAUUUCGUUUGGUUAAUGUAAAACGAAAAUUAUUUACGAUAAAUAUACUAUUACUGUAGCCUUAACAUUUCUGCUUUUAUUAAGUUGCACUAUGAUAAGAAUAACAAUUACCUCUAUAAUCUGCAUGCAAUAUCUCUUUCUAAAAUUAAACAGAAAUUUAUGAAUUACAUUUUAGUAUAGUGUUUAAGUCGAAAUUGGAUUUUAUGAUCGCAUGUUUUUGGAUUUAUAGAUCGACUUAUAUGCGAGGAUAUACGGUAUAAUAAUUAGUGUAAUAUAACUGUAUGCGUGUAGCUUUGACCUUUAUAGUAAAGAUAAUAUUAAAAUCAUUCAUCACUUACACAAUUUGAGUACAUAUAGAUAUAUGUUUGUGAUAUACAUAUAUAUAUUAUGUAUCGAAUACCUUUAAUUUAAAAAACAACUACACAAGUAAGCAAAUCCUUCUUUUGCGGAAUAUACUGCUUUGCAACAUAUGCUUUCGUAAAGCAUAUUUUCAUGUACAUCUUCGAGCUAAGUGCUGCGCCAAGCAAAGAGCGCAGAACAGUUUAACAGUUUUGAAAAUAUUAAAGCCAUCCUCUGGCAUCAUUUCCUGUCUUAAAUAUGGAAUGCAACAUCAUAUAUUUAUUUGCUUAACCUUUCAUGUAUAUUUUUACUCACUUUUUUAUUUAUUCUUCAUUUUUUGUCUUUUUUAUAAGAAAUAAAAUUUGAAUUAUUUUGCA